UGAGGGUAACAUCAUGUAGUUUCACACAGUCUGUGUGACUUUAAAAUAUUAAGACUUAGUUGUUUCCCAUGUUUUAUCUCUUGGAAACUUAUUCGUGUUUUUAACGUCCAACCGACAUCAUGUUCCUGCGCGGAUCAAAGAAGCGACGGUCCAACCGCUCGCAGGAGGAAGAGGACCCAGACAGAGGGCAGCCCUGCAUGCGCUGUGGGGAUCAGUGCCCUGGCUUCCGUGUACAUGGAUGGAGGAAGAUUUGUGUUCACUGCAAGUGUGUGCGAGAGGAGCAUGCCGUUCGCACAGUGCCGGGCCAGCUGGAAAAGAUGAUGACGAAGCUGGUAUCAGACUUCCAGAGGCACUCCAUCUCUGACGACGACUCGGGCUGUGCCUCAGAGGAGUACGCAUGGGUCCCACCUGGGCUCAAGCCUGAACAGGUUUACCAGUAUUUCAGCUGCCUGCCAGAGGACAGAGUGCCUUAUGUGAACAGUCCAGGAGAGAGAUACCGGAUCAAACAACUGCUGCACCAGCUCCCAGCACACGACAGCGAGCCUCAGUACUGUAACUCUCUGGAUGACGAGGAGAAGAAGGAGCUGCGUUUGUUCAGCCAGCAGAGAAAAAGAGAAAACCUGGGCCGUGGCGUCGUCAGGCUCUUUCCUGUCACAAUGACAGGAGCGAUCUGCCAACAGUGUGGCAGACAGAUCUGCGGUGGAGACAUAGCAGUGUUUGCCAGCCGGGCGGGACACGGCAGCUGCUGGCACCCUCAGUGUUUCCAGUGCGCCUCCUGCAGCGAGCUGCUCGUCGAUCUGAUUUACUUCUACCAGGACGGACAGAUCUACUGCGGACGGCACCACGCUGAGAGGCUCAAACCUCGCUGCCAGGCCUGCGACGAGAUCAUUCUGGCAGAUGAAUGUACGGAGGCAGAGGGAAGAUACUGGCACAUGAAGCACUUCUGUUGUUUUGAGUGUGAGGCUGCGCUGGGAGGUCAGCGCUACAUCAUGAGAGAGAGUCGACCGUACUGCUGCUCCUGCUACGAAUCGCUGUACGCAGAGUACUGUGACACCUGUGGAGAACACAUAGGUAUCGAUCAGGGUCAGAUGACCUAUGAGGGUCAGCACUGGCACGCUGUGGAGGCGUGUUUCUGCUGCGCCCGCUGUCGGCUCCCUCUGCUUGGGCGUCCGUUCCUCCCUCGGGCCGGGCUUAUUUACUGCUCCAGACCCUGCUCGCUGGGAGAAGACCCCAACAAUUCAGACUCUUGUGACUCUGCGCUGCACAGCAGGUCAUCUCAGCACAGACGGGGUGGGUCGGCAGAGAAACUGGAGCAGACACAGUGUGGUUCGCCACUGCAGCCACUAGAGGGCAACAAUCCUCCUGCAAAAGACUACACUCGCACUGCAGUGGAAAACAGAGGUGUUCACUGCACCGCUCCAGUUCAAAACGGAGCUCCUUCACCCAGCGGUCACCCAAGAGGAUCCUACUCCCCUCUUCCCCACAUUCAUUUAGGGAAUGGAUUAGGUCCAUCUUGGCCCAGUGACCUUCCUCACUACAGUUUACUUCCAGCAGACAUCAAACCUCCUGCUGCUGGUCUUCAGUUUCAGACACAGCUCAAUGGAAAUGCUGGACUGACUGGUCUUAGUUCAAGAGGAACCUCUGCUGCUAAAGACUGCAGGAACUGGGUGGAGAAGACAAAUCAAGUUAUGCAAGUGUUUCCUCCUCAGAUAGACUCACACGCAAACCACCUCACUUCACCAGACUCCCCUCCCCUCCCGCCCAACCCCUCCAUCCUCCCUCCUCCUCUUCCUAUUAAAUCCAAAGACUUGUUACCCCCUGAGUUGCCGCCACCAGUCCUCCCCCAACCAGAGGUUCAGCCCUCAGACUCCCCGCCCCCGCUGACUCGCAGCAGCACAGCCAGGGUCAGCUUCAGAGAGCCAAUCAGCAGCAGCUACUCUGUGGAUGAGGAUGAAGAUGAGAACGAGGAGGAGCAUCAGGAAGGAGGGGAAAACCAGCAGGACGAGGACGAGAUGGAGGAAGGUUUCGGAAGCAGGCUAAAUCUUCGGAAAGGCAUCCCACCUCAGAUGGAUCUGCUGGAUGGAUCCUCCUACCACCAGAGGAGUCUACGGCGAGGCUGGAGCCGCUGCCGUGUCCCCUCAGACCCGUCACUCCACCCCGGAGCAGAGAGGCGCCCCCAUCGCUCACGGCCCGACAGGCCUCGGCUCGAGACGCUCGAGUGGAGAGGCGAGAAAGAGAGAGACAACCGGUGCUCCGCCUCUCUGACCCUCCAGCCUGGCCAGUACAAACAUGGAGAGUCCUGCUCCACCUGCUCCUCAUCCUCAGACUCAGAGGAGGAGGGCUUCUUCCUCGGACAGCCCAUCCCUCUGCCGCCGCAGCUGCGAAAGCAACCGGAGGAGGGGAGAGCAGAGGAGAAGGAGGUGCAGAGAGACUCGGGGUUGAGAGGAAGCUUCAGGAGGAGACGAGCCCACAGCCUGGGGGCAAAGGACAAAGAUAAAAACUGUGCUAUCUCCUAAUACUGAACAUAAACAUCACUAAACAGCAGGAUGUUUUUUUUAGAGAUGGUGCACAAAAGGAGCUAUUGACCCUCAUGACUCAUGUUGAAGCUGUUUAUCAGUUUUAUGAUGUGAUGAAUCAGACACACAUGAAGACUCAAAGAGGGGAACCACAGCUGUUCGACCAGCAAAGAGAAGCACAAUAAACCUCAGAGGAGUCACUGCUCGACCUGUACGGUGCUGAUGCUUGUGUUACUUUGAAAUGUUACACAAAGAAAAUAAUGACAGAAUUAUGUGACGAAUGUGGAGUGAUUAUUGGUCAUGUUUGGCUUAUGUGUAUGAAAGUGUGAACACAAACAGCGCUGAAACUUUACUGACUUUUACCUUUGAUCAUUACACUCACUGAGCAUUUUAUUAGGUACACCUGUUCAUCUGAUUGCCAGUCACAAUAUAAUCAUCGCAACCAAUGCAUAUAGGUAUAUAGGCAUGGUCAAGAUGAUUUGCUUAAGUUCAAAACCAAGCAUCACAAUGGGGAAGAGAGAUAAUUUAGAUGACUGGGUUCUGACUCUGUUAACUCUACUGGGUACCAGUUUUGCUCAGUUGAGCGAAUGCUCAUAUACAGAGGCUAUAAUCCUCAACACAGUGGUAAUGAAGCAGGAAGAGAGGGAUGCAGAAAGACGGACAAGAGAAACAACAAAACAACAAAUGGAAGACAAAACUAUGACUAUCAUUGCCAUAAACUUACCUAAAAUUUUAUAGGAUAUAUAUUUUUUUAUGUAUUUCUUUAUUUGUAAAGGGACCAUGUACAAUAAUAAACAUAAAUGUUGCCAUUUGAUGCAUUGUACCAGAGUUAGCUUAAAGCUAAUUUACAUCUGCAGUCCCUUGGCAGGUCACAAUUAAAACAUCAGUUAUAAAGCAAAGAUAUCAAUGAAACAUAAAACAUUAGCUCAAAGAUAGAGCUAUAUCUUCUAAAACAUCCAGAAGAAAAGGGCCAGAAAACCAGGAAGCUCCUGUUAAAAGAUUAAUUUAGCUAUAAGUGAUGUUUGUCUGUUGUCACCAUCAGCAGUCUGAGGGCUGAAUCCUGCACAAAAUGUCUGUAUGGCCUACAUGUAAAAAUGCUCAAGGCAGACGCUCAUUUACAUGAGGCAAUCUUUUGAGAGUGUAUUCCUGCUAUCAGCAGCACCUUGUCUACCUGCUCUUAAACACUAUGGCCACAUCUAUAUAGAAACCAGCAAAUAUUUGCCUGAUCAUGAUUGUAAAAGUAUAUGCAAAUCUAAUUUCGACAGACGGAGCCACGCACCCCACAAGAUAUUUUGAGACAUUGGCCUUAAAGUUCUGCACAGUACUGCAUAUGCCAGUUUUUCCAGUAUCAUUCAGGCCUAGUUUGGAGUCGAAGUCCAGAUUAUUGCCAUCUAAAGGGCCAUGAACCCCUUGCACUUUACUCUUCCCCAUCCCCAAAAAAUUGGACACCCCUUAGAACUGAGUGGAGUACAGUAGGUGGAGUGGGUGUAUUGCAGUUAAGCCCAUGUCUGCAUGCCUACAUGCACUGGUUACUGCCAUGUGAUUGGCUGAUAAGAUAUUUGCAUGAGUGAGCAGUUGAACAGGUAGGCCUAAUACAGUGUUUAGUGAGUGUUUAUGCAAGAGUGAGAACACAAACAGCUCUAAAAUUUUACUGUUUUUAUCUUCAAACAUGAUUUCCAUAUGCAAACUUACAGUAGCAAAUUUAAGAAGCUAUGAGGAGCUCUUUUAGGACUAUUAUUAAAACUCUACUGAAACCACAUUUCUGUGCUCUUACGUGCAAUUUAUAUACUGCUGUGUAAUAUUACGUUAUGGACACUACAUGGCCAAAUAUGUAAUAUGAUGUUUUUAGCAACUAAUGGUUGUUUUAUAUCUUUAAAAAGACAAAAAAUAGAAGAGAGUCUGUUGUGUUUCUCUUUUUUUUUUUUUGUAAAGUACAAAACAAUAUUGCAAAAUGUGUGGGCAUAUGUCUUCAAACAGCAAAAACUACUGUUUGUCUAUUGAUCUAUUUUUAUAUAUUUGGUGAAGGGUGCUUUUCUUACUGUCAUACUGCUGGAUACAGGAAGCAAU